CGCCUUGUUACUUAGUGCCCUGUAACAUCUGAAACAGACCUCAGCUAAAAUACAAACUGCUAAAUAUGUUUUACAACGCUCAAGAAUCCGCCAUGUUGCAACUUUACCAUCAGCAACAGUUAGGCUAUCCUAGAAGCCCUAGAAGUUCAUCUUUUAUGAUCAACGACUUGCUCAGAGAAUCAUCGUGCUCGCUUCUUCCAAGACAGCAGUCAUCGCCUUGUUCAGCAGCAGAGCAGCAUAGCCUAUCCUCGUCAGGUUUUAGACCUUACGGCAUUCCACCUCUACUUUCUGCACGUCCCAGCCUUGUUCGAGAGGAAUCUGUCUACCAAGAUCCCAGUCCCGAGAUUCUCAAUCAGUUACCAGUUUACUUUCGACUCAAGCCAACAAUGCGAACACCAAGUGGUAGACGAUGUCGUAAAUCAAGGACUGUCUUCACAGACCUGCAGCUACGAGUUCUCGAGAAAACGUUUGCUGAGCAGAAAUAUCUUGACACUUCAAGUCGCGCAAAGCUUGCACAGACUUUGGGGCUCAAUGAAACUCAGGUAAAAACCUGGUUCCAAAAUCGCAGGAUGAAAUGGAAGAAAGAAACUAGCCGAAAUAAAAAUGAGGCAGAGGCAGGAGAUACCGCGUCAAAUGGCGAAACCGUUAGUAAAGACGACGAAGAGUCUCCAAAAGAAGAGCUUCCUAAAGAAAGCAGCAUGCCGAAUGACGGACAACUUGUAUCAAACGCGUGACUUCAUUAUUGUUUUAUUAAACUUCAUCGUUUUUAUUCAAAAGUGUGCAAAACGUACCGCCAAUAGCUGAAAACAAUGCCCGCUGUCCAGCUCAAGAAACAAACCAUUGAUGUUAAAUAUCUCCACAACAUACCAUUUCAUAGAGACUUAUAGAGGCUGCAGAAAUAUGUAAAUACAGAAUUAUAUCAACUAACGAGUGAAAACGAGUUGUAAAUAGGAUAUCUUAAUCGUUUUUUUAUAUAAAAUAAAGUUUUUCUCUCAAUACUGA